CACUAAGCCAGUUACGUCACAUGAGGGCGACACACAUCUUUGUCAGUGAACAAAAUGGCGUCUUACUGUUUGACUGUCACCAGACUGCGGCUGGUCCUCGGAAGCGGGGCGAGGCGUUUUCAUGUCUGCUCGGCCUUCAACGCCAAGGCCAAGGUGGCCAUGAGCCGCUUUGAGCCCAACAGCACCGUGAACUAUGGGAAGAUGCACGAGAACAUCAACAUCGUGCGCCAAAGGCUCGGCCGUCCUCUCACUCUGUCGGAGAAGAUCGUGUACGGUCACCUGGACGACCCGGAGGGGCAGGAUAUCGCCCGCGGCAGCACCUACCUGCGCUUGCGCCCCGACCGCGUGGCCAUGCAGGACGCCACGGCUCAGAUGGCCAUGCUGCAGUUCAUCAGCAGCGGUCUGCCCAGGGUGGCCGUGCCCUCCACCAUCCACUGCGAUCAUCUGAUCGAGGCUCAGAUCGGAGGGGUGGAGGACCUGCAGAGGGCCAAGGAAGUAAACGAGGAGGUGUACAACUUCCUUGCUUCUGCUGGAGCCAAAUACGGAGUCGGCUUCUGGAAACCCGGAUCAGGAAUCAUCCAUCAGAUCAUCCUGGAGAACUAUGCGUACCCUGGAGUGAUGCUGAUUGGCACAGACUCCCACACUCCCAAUGGCGGUGGCCUCGGCUCCAUCUGCAUCGGAGUGGGUGGAGCGGACGCUGUGGACGUCAUGGCAGGAAUCCCCUGGGAGCUCAAGUGUCCCAAUGUGAUUGGAGUGAAGCUGACGGGAAGUUUGUCUGGAUGGACUUCACCGAAGGACGUGAUCCUGAAGGUGGCCGGCAUCCUGACUGUGAAGGGCGGCACCGGAGCCAUCGUGGAGUAUCACGGGCCUGGAGUGGACUCCAUCUCCUGCACAGGAAUGGCCACAAUCUGUAACAUGGGCGCUGAGAUCGGAGCCACUACGUCCGUUUUCCCCUACAACCACCGCAUGAAGACGUACAUGGAGAAAACCGGCCGUGGAGAGAUCGCUGUGUUGGCCGAUCAGUUCAAAGAAGACUUGGUUCCAGAUAACGGCUGUGAAUACGAUCAGGUCAUUGAGAUCAACCUGAGCGAGUUGAAGCCCCACAUCAACGGGCCCUUCACCCCCGACCUGGCCCACCCUGUGUCUGAAAUCGGGGCCACGGCUAAGAAGAGCGGCUGGCCCCUGGAGGUGAAAGUCGGUCUGAUCGGCAGCUGCACCAACUCCAGCUACGAGGACAUGGGCAGGGCGGCUUCUCUGGCCAAACAGGCUCUGGAUAAAGGUCUGAAGUGCAAAGCCCAGUUCACCGUCACCCCCGGCUCCGAGCAGAUCCGCGCCACCAUCGAGAGAGACGGAUAUUCUAAGAUCCUGCGUGAUGUUGGUGGUGUUGUCCUCGCUAAUGCUUGUGGACCCUGCAUCGGUCAGUGGGACAGGAAGGAUGUGAAGAAGGGAGAGAAGAAUACUAUCGUCACGUCCUACAACAGGAACUUCACCGCCAGGAAUGAUGCUAACCCGGCUACUCAUGCUUUCGUCACCUCUCCUGAGAUCGUCACAGCCAUGGCCAUCGCUGGGACCCUCGACUUCAACCCAGAGACCGACUAUCUGACCGCCGCUAACGGAGAGAAGUUCAUGCUGGAGCCCCCCACCGGUGACGAGCUCCCCUCCAAAGACUUCGACCCGGGCCAGGACACCUACCAGCACCCCCCCGCCGACGGCGCCGCACUGACGGUGAUCGUGAGCCCCUCCAGUAACCGCCUGCAGCUGCUGGAGCCCUUCGACAGGUGGCACGGAAAAGACAUGGAGGAAAUGAGGGUCCUCAUCAAGGUGAAGGGAAAGUGCACCACGGACCACAUCAGUGCCGCCGGGCCCUGGCUGAAGUUCCGCGGCCAUCUGGACAACAUCUCCAACAACAUGCUGAUCGGAGCCGUCAACAUCGACAACGAGGCCAUCAACAAGGUGAAGAACCUGCUGACGGGAGAGUUCGGAGGAGUGCCCGACGUGGCCCGCCACUACAAGGCCAAUGGAGUGAACUGGGUGGUGGUUGGAGACGAUAACUACGGAGAGGGAUCCAGCAGAGAGCACGCCGCCCUGGAGCCUCGACACCUGGGAGGACGCGCCAUCAUCGUCAAGAGCUUCGCCAGAAUCCACGAGACUAACCUGAAGAAACAGGGCCUUCUUCCUCUGACGUUUGCCGACCCCAAAGACUACGACAAGAUCCGCCCCGACGACAAGAUCUCAAUCACUGGACUGAAGACCUUCGCUCCCGGCAAGCCCGUGACAGCAGUGAUCAAACACAGCAACGGCAGCCAGGAGUCGAUCACUCUGAACCACACCUUCAACACGAAUCAGAUCGAGUGGUUCCAGGCCGGCUCCGCCCUCAACAGGAUGAAGGAGCUCCAGUAAUUGAUGAAGAGGACGGGCCAGUAGGGGUCCAAUGAGGGGCCUUGGCUGGGGUUAAGAAGGGGAGAAACGUGGGCAUAGAGACAAUGGAUGGUAACCAGACUUUAGUUGGUUUAGGGACAACUGUAGUGAUGCUCAAUUUAAGAAAACACACACACACGCAAGGUUGCUGUACAGAUGAAAGCGCACACACACACGAGCACGUACAGUUCACGCACAGCCAGGAUUAAUGCUAUUGCUUUCCCAGGCGACGGAACCACAGCUUAGAUCCUGAUACAGGCAGCAUCACUCAUACUGACAGCACUCCUAUAAUAAUAAUAAUAAUAAUAAUCGGAUAUAACUCGCCAUUUAUUUUCAUACUUUAGUGAAAAUACAGUCUGUUUGAAGCAUUAACAUAAAGAACACUGUUACCUUUUGUCUGAAGUAUACAAACCUGAUCUAGAUGCAGAAUAUUAUAUAUUAAAAAAAGAUGUUGGCAGACGAGUUGAAAGCUUCCUGCUUUAAAAUCCACUCUAAAAUGUAAAGUGUUUGUCUUUCCAUCCAAAUGGCUCUAAAGUCAAAGUUAUUUAAGGCCUAUGAUUGUACUUUUCCUUUAACAUCAUCCCUAUUUAUUAUAACAUUGCACCAAAUGUACGUGAAAUCCAUUCGUUUUGAAUCAUUGGUCGUCUUUGUUUGGCUGCUAGCUUCACCCUCAUGGACCUGUUGUAGCUGAGAGCCACACUGUAGACAAACUACCAGGCAAAAUGAUUUACUGUAGAAGCAUUAUUGAUAUCCCAUGCUGCACUGUUACGGUACAACUACAGCCAUCCUCUCUCAGUUUAAAAUUCAUUUUUCAUGCUGCUUUUUAUCUUAAUCUCACCCAGAUUUUGCUCCCUGCUGCUUGUCCAACGCUCGCUUCCUCUUUGCUAAAUCUGUCAUGUGAUAAAACAUCCCAUUGGGUGAAAACUUAGCGCUGAUUUGACUUCUUUCCAGCUGUGUUUUGUCCUUUGUGUGUAGACCUUUCUUUGGUGGUUAACAUCAGUCUGUGAUCGCUUCCCUCUUUGCUCAUCGCUCUCACUUAGGCGUGUCAAUGCAGACCAAACCUCAACCUGACACUCGUACUUCUAUUGGCUAGCGCUCCAACACAUUGUACGUGAUAGGCUAAGGGGCGGGACAUCUCUAAGCGGUUGACAAAUCACAACAGAGCCGGCCAGCGAACCAAUCUGAAUGUUUUCUCAGGUUGAGGUUUGGUUCUCCAUAGCAUGAGAGAACCUGCUGUCCUUUUACACAAUCUAACGCACAACCUAGUGUCCAGGCGCCUGUACACUAGCACUCUGUAGGGUUAGGAGAGUGGUUUUAGGACUACUUUGCCAAGCUUUUUGUAUCCACUGCAAACAUUCACAUCUUCAGCGCACAUCUCUGUUGUGUUAGUAAUAAUCACGAUUAAAAUACCAGUUUUCAGACCGUAGAAAACCAAGAAGUCUUGCCUUGAUGUUGACACAGUGUGGUUACAUAUUGUUGAGGUGUUUGCCGCUGGUACGGUUUAUGUGGGAGUACCGCUACAGAAAGCCGAUACAUCUUCACAGUAAAAUCACACGAUGAAUCUUUACAGUUCCUGAGCUAAAUCCCUAUGUACUAAAAAAAGUUUGGACCCGUGUGUAAAUGAUGUGAUAUAUAGCUGCACUUUGUACAGGGCAUGUACAUAAAUAAUGAAAUAGAUAAAUAUAUAUAAACAAAGAAAGAGUGAGUAACAUGCUGUGGGCUGCCUGUCUAAAUGAGUUAAAUCUAAUAUGUCAUGAUGUAGAGUCCCCUCAAUAAACUGAAUAUACAUGAAUUGAAUGGGUUAACAAAACAAUUUGCAUUGUGGGUAAAUUAAAGCACAUAUAUUGGAUUGUAGCUGUCGGCUUCAACAGUGAUUAGGGACUUUUAGGAAGGGGACUUUGUGUAUUUCUCUUGAUUUUUUGUUUUGUUCAAAUCGUUUUUAGGGAAUAAGGUGAUUUGAAAGAGCGGACGCCCAACUUUUAAGACGUUUUGGACGUUAAUGCCUCCAUUUAGGGUUAGCUGUUCAUAUAUUCAACUGGAAAUCAUACACACUCCUUGACACUGUAUUCAGAUUUACUGCCAAAGAUGCCUAAUGACUAUGUUGAAGUAUCCAUGAGUCACCCAUUAUUAUGUGAUCUGUGAAAUGUCCAUUAUUUGAAUAUGUACAGGGAGUUGUUUCCUACAGAAUUCACCACGAUCAAUGUCUUUUUCAAAUAUCAUCUUGCAAAAAUAUUGAUUAAUCUGAUCAUCCUUUGCACAUUUAAAACCAGCCGCUUGUGAAUCACAGUUUGCUAAUGUAACCCUGAGUUUUUAAAAGUGCUACUGUAAAGUGACAAAUCAAAUGAUGUUGUUAAAAAAAAAAGCAUGUCUGUGGUGUAAUUUUGUACUCGGUCGUCAGGCUUCCUCUGGUGUGUUUGAAAUAUCCUUCACAUCAUGCUUCAUGUGUUCAGAAACAGCUAAAUAAAUAUGGAAUAUGAACCGAUGUUUUUCCCGUAGUGAUGAUUACCUCACACUCCGGUUUCAGCAUUACAUUCUUUGUAAAAGUAGAUUGUUCAAUCGUCUGCGGUUUUAUUGCUUGAGAUUAAUACUAUUAACACAAAAUGACUGGUAAAUUAAUAAAAAUGAAAUUAUGAAGUGAA